UGUGAUGGGUGCGAUUGAGAGGAGGAAGCAGAGUACGUGCGUCUCACCUCGUCCUCCCUUUGACUUUCUGAACAAACCCGAGAGAGAGAGAGGGAUGCUCAUUUAAAACAACACCACAACUUCACACAGGACACAGGCGCUGCUGUUAAUCAAUAAGGAAAAAAAUGAGAGGAUUUGUGCAGAUUUUGAAGAAGAAGAAGGAGCUGAUUCCUUUGAUUGGCUUCAUGGCUUUUGCUGCAACAGGAGCCACCACUGCGUCCUUGUACUUCCUCUUCACCAAAACCGAUGUCGUCAUCAAUAAGACCGGUAAUCCCGAGCCCUGGGAAAGAGUGGACCCAAGCAAGCCACAAAAGCUGAUCACCAUAAACCAACAGUGGAAGCCCAUAGAGGAGCUGCAGGCCGUCAAGAACAUGCAGAAGUAAAACCUCCACCCGGUGCUACAGCGCCCCCUUCAGUCUCCACUGUGCCCCCAUCAGUCUAACAGAAUCCUUUCUGCACAAACUCGACUUCAGAUGCUCAGUGUGCGGAAACGCUUCUGCUGCACUGGUGGGGUUAGUCACUGUCUGUGUCCAGCUCCUCCAUCAAAGACAUUCACAUGAGUUCAAAUGUGUUUAAAUAUGUUUUUUUUUAUUUUCUGUUGUUUGCUUUGACGGGUUUGAAUCAAAUGCACUGCUCUACGAGGACCAGUUACUGUAGCUUAAACUUUAUCUGAAUGUUCUGAAAUACAACAUAAAACUGGUAACAAUUCAUUAUAACUACACCUUAAUAAUCUUAUGACAACAGACUUAAAGCUGCCAUCUGUUAUUAGACUGGCCGACCGACAUCUACUGGUGAAAAUAAAUCAAACUCAUGGAUGGUAGCUUUAAUUCAUGAUGAACAAAUAGAUUCAGACUUAGUAACUACUUCAUGAACACCUAAACUCCUAACCUCUUAGUUAAGUAGUUAUUAAGCAUGAAUAAUUAAACUUGUUAACUUUGUUCAUAGUGAAUUAAAUGUGUAGUCAUUACAAAGUGUUUCAAAUAUUGUCAAAAUCUUUAGGGAUGGUAAAAUAUGGAUUAUUUCAGACGAUAAUAUCUGUCUUCACAAUUUCACAAUCUUUUCAAAUCUAUAGCAAGGCCCACAACUGAUGUUAGGUUGUUAUAAAGUAGACAAAUGAACCUUUUUGUUUAAAAUAAGCAAAAGCAACAUUGGGUGAUUUCAAUAUCUGGAUUGUCGAUACCAAUAAUAACUCGUAUAUAUGGACCAUCCCUAAAAAAAGUAUUGAAUAUUAAAGUGUAGGCUUUACAUGUAACUCCUGUUUAACCACUGAGUCUCACAGCAAAAAACUCCCAUUGUUUUGAGUGACGUGUAAAAUGGUGCAGCUUUUAAAAACAGAUGUGAAUAUUAAAAGUGCUUCAGUGUGUCAUAUUUGUAAUGUAAAAAUAAUUAAUACAAGAAAUGCACUGUAUAUUUCAAAUAAAUUAUUGUGAACUUGAAAAA